AUGAUGGGGAUAUCGUCCCUGUCCAUCCAGGGCGAUCUCCUCGUCAGUGGUUCCUGGGACAGCACAGUCGUGGUAUGGAAGCAACUAGAGGAGGCACCCUAUCUGAAGCGCGUCAAAGUAAUCGACCUGGGCGAACAAGUCAUGAGCAUGGAUCUCGACAGUAACCUCGACCUGGCAAUCGGGACAGUAGGGGGUCUGGUCAUGAUCAUCUCCAUCGAGACCCUCUCCUGUCUGCACACUUUUCAAAGCCCACACCCAAAUCUUUGUACAGCCGUCUCGCUGGGUCCCAACAAAGUCGAAGCGGCGAUUGGACUCAACUAUUAUGCUUGGGAUCGAACCACUACCGCCCAGGUGGGCUUCUUUGCGGAUCCGCACAUCAAGAAUAUCACCUGUAUGAAGGUCGAUACGAUUGAGAAGGUCUUGUUAACGGGAUCUCAGGAUAGUAAGGUGCGCAUGUUUAGCUGGGAGGCUAAGCCUAUGCUGCUCAGACAGUAUGGUGGCCAUCGAGAUGGAGUCCGAUGUAUCACUCUUCAGGAUGACAUGAUCAUCACUGGGUCCGCCGACAAGACCGCUAUGGUGACAUUCAGGGGACGCCACGACUUUUGCAGAGCAGACUUAACAUUGCACGACGCACUAGUCGGAAACGAAGCAUUCCUCUCAGACGUCUCUGAAAGAGUCCCCGAAUCCGUCUCCCUCCCUCACUCAGCAAAUGUGAACGCCAUCGAUUCAGACGCCAGCAUGGUCGUGACAGGUGACGACGACGGCGUAGUCAGGAUAUUCGAUUUCGGAUUCGACCUCUGGCGACCUGCAGUCCCCUCAUCGCCCCGACUCUGUGGUCAGGCAUCGCUUGUCUCGUCUGCAUCGCCUACUUGUGUUUUGAUGGCCAAACCAGGGCGGAGUAAUGUGUCGAUUGGGAACCGGCGGCAGACUUGGGGCACCUCUGCGUUGGCGGUCUUGGUCCGUGUUAAGAGUAUAUUGAAUGGAUCGGUAGCACAGGAGCCAGAUUCUGGUGUUUCAUCCGCUUGGAUGAACGUUGACGAGAUUUAUCGACGAAUGGUCGACUGGGAUCUCUUGCCCGUCAGGAUCGACACCGAAGCAUACUCUGAACCUAGCGUUGCAUAUGAUGGCAAAAUCGGAUCCACCGACCGUUCUCCUAGAUAG